GACCCGGGUGUGGUACCCUUCUCUCUGUUGCAGGACAAUGGCAUCCUCCAUCACGUGGGGCCUCCUCCUGCUGGCAGGCCUGUGCUGCCUGGUCCCCGUCUCAUUGGCUGAGGGUCUCCAGGGACACGCUGUCCAGGAGACAGACGCAUCCCAGCAGGAUCGUGAGCACCGCCAGGAAGCAGCCUGCCACAAGAUCGCCCCCAACCUGGUCGACUUCGCCUUCAGCGUGUACCGCCGAGUGGCCCAUGAGUCCAAUGCCACCAACAUCUUCUUCUCCCCAGUGAGCAUCGCUACAGCCUUUGCGAUGCUCUCGCUGGGGACCAAGGGUGACACUCACACCGAGAUCCUGGAGGGCCUAGAUUUCAACCUCACUACAAGAAUAGAGGCUGAGAUCCACGAAGGUUUCCAGCAUCUUCUCCACACCCUCAACCAGCCAGACAACAAGCUGCAGCUGACCACUGGCAAUGGCCUGUUCAUCAACGAGAGCGCGAAGCUAGUGAGUAAGUUUCUGGAGGAUGUCAAGAACCUGUACCACUCUGAAGCCUUCUCCAUCAACUUCAGGGAUGCUGAAGAGGCCAAGAAAAAGAUCAAUGAUUACGUAAAGAAGGGAAGCCAAGGAAAAAUUGUGGAUCUGGUAGAUGAUCUUGACCAAGACACAGUUUUUGCUCUGGUGAAUUACAUAUUCUUUAAAGGAAAAUGGGAGAAGCCCUUUGAGGAAGAGCACACCACAGAGAGGGACUUCCACGUGGACGAGGAGACCACCGUGAAGGUGCCCAUGAUGAACCGCCUGGGCAUGUUUGACCUCCACUACUGCGACAGGCUCACCAGCUGGGUACUGCUGAUGGACUACGUGGGGAACGCCACCGCCGUCUUCAUCUUGCCCGACCAGGGGAAACUGCAGCAUCUGGAGGACCAGCUCAGCAAGGAGCUUCUCGCCAAGGUCCUGGAAAAGAGAUACGCAAGUUCUGCCAAUUUAUACUUGCCCAAACUGUCCAUUUCUGGAACCUACGAUCUGAAAACUCUCCUGGGUAAACUGGGCAUCACCAAGGUCUUCAGCAACGGGGCUGACCUCUCAGGGAUCACCGAGGAAGUGCCUCUGAAGCUGUCCAAGGUGAGCGUGUCCUUGACCUCUGUAGGUCAGAAUGUGCACGGGGGCUGCAGCUCAAGGGUGAGGCUGAGGAAGGGACAGAGGGACACAGGCACACCUGCAGACUGAGGUCCCUGAGGAAUGCCAUCGCUCCACCAAGACUGCAAUGUGGUCGGAUGAUGGAGGGGGACAGGUGGCCUCACAUGCUUGGUGCAUUUUAUUUAAGGACCUCCUCUGAGGUUGUGUCACUCACCCUGUCUCAUCCUUGGCCGGGGACUUCCCUUCUUUGGGUCCCGAUAAACCCCUAUUUACAGAGAGAGGCUUAGGCUCAGGGAUUGCAAAGGACCUUUGGCCCUGCGCCUGUGACACCAGGAGCUACCGCUGAAUCACUGAGUGUGAGUUACAGAGUGAUUUCGACCAAAGAUGCCAUUUACGCAGGAGAAUUACAGGUGCCCAGAGAAACAACUGCAGUUCAGUGACUGACUGUGCGCUGAGUGCCUGGGUGGGGAUGAGGCGUGUGAAGGUCCCCAUCGAAGCCCUGGUCCCCAAGGAGUUUAGAAUCUGGUCUACAAACAAGUGCGGAGCCAAGGAGACAAAGUACAAGAAAAUCCGCCUCCCGAGGUGGUGGGUUCCUUCCCAGGGCCGUUGAGGAGGCUGGUCAGGAAGGGGUGAGGGUCCCCUCGUGGGUCAGACACAAGCCUUGAGAGCCAUGCUUGUGUGUCUCCUGCAGGGAGGGGAGGACAGGCCAG